GCAGUGCUGACGUGCAUGGCCGCCUCACGUGACUCCUCUGGAAUGUUAACAAUGCAGUAAGUGUCCAACUUUGUACUGCAUUCUAAUUCUGCCGUGAGUGCCGAGAAAAUGGAGGACAAUCCCAUGAUUUUCACUCUGUGCUUUUUAUGAGAGGACAUCGAAACACGAUCCUUGGGCAAGAAAACACCAGACCGAUAAUCUACAACUUUACUGAAGUUUAAAUCAAUUCCUUGGAUUAGGGUACCACUUAUAUCACAUGGACCACAGAGGGGCCAACAUGUAAAGAGAGGAGCCGAAUUAAUGCAAAGAUGCAUACCGGACUGGGAUGGAACAAGCACGCAGAUGGAAUAACCCCUCACAUGUCUUGGGAGGAGGGGGAGUGUGAGCCCUGAAAGGGGUGCUGGGAUGUGAGUAGGCCAGCAUCCAGCACAAGCCAGAGCCAAAGAGGCAGCAGCAAAAAGACGAGCGACAACAGGAAUCCUAAUCUUCACUUGCAUCUUUCCCACUGCAGCCUGUUAUCUAUUCAGGUCAGACUGAGCCUGGUGUGAAGAGUUUGUGUGAGAGUACAGGCCACGUUCACUCAUGAGGCCUAAGACCUUCCCUGCCGCCCCAUAUGUGGGCAACACGCGCCAGCGGCUGCAGGAGAUCAAGGAGGGACUGAAACAACCAGCAAAGCUGGUGAGCCAGGCACUUCAUGGAGGGAGCACUCGAGGGGAGGGGGGCAGAGGUGGCGACUCCAAGGGCAAAGACCAAGCUGGUAGGCAACAACAGCUCCGGCAGCCCCAGAAGUUCAACAACUACCAAAACGCCCUGCGAGAGAUCCGCAAGUCUCUGAUGCCCUUUGCCAAUGAGUCGGGUGCAGGAUCCAGCUCAGGCCACCCUGGUGAAGUCAACAGACAGAUGCUACAGGAGCUUGUCAACGCUGGUUGUGAUCAGGAAAUGGCUGUACGUGCCCUAAAACAGACUGGCAGCCGAAACAUUGAGGCAGCGUUGGAAUACAUUAGCAAAAUGAGUUACCUGGACCCUCACAAUGAACAGAUUGUUCGUGUCAUCAAACAGACUUCUCCAGGAAAGGCUGGCAUGCCAAAUAUGAUGGACCACAGGACAGCAAUGGAAGGCACUGGGGAUGGUGCAAUGCCCCCUUAUCACCAAAUGGGAGCACCUCUGUAUGAGGGAGCUAGUUAUGGGGCUGAGGGUGAGAUGGCCCGUGCAUACAUGGGUGGACCACCUGUCAUGAACUACAUGGCACCGCCUGCCAACACUUCACAGGGUCCUACCAUGGGAAACCCAAUGGGUCGUCCUGCAAGUAUGGGUGCUUACUCCACAAGCAUGGCUCCUCAAACUAACACUGGGACCCCUAUGUACACCCCUGGUCCAGCCCAACAAAAAGGAUACCCUGGUGGAAUAGACCAGGCCAUGAUGGGAUACAGUGUGCCUGGACCACCCAUGCAAAUCCAGCCUCAGCCCUCAGGAGGCCCUGGGCCUCAUUAUGACUACAGGCCUCAUAUGAUGGAGGCCUCCAGUUAUGGGGUCAAACGAAGUGCUUCCUUCCAGAAUAAGAUGCCCCCACUAACACCUGAAAACUAUGUAAAUAUGCCAAGCAAAGGAGCAAUGGGCCAAAAUGCUGGUGGCUACGCACCCAACUUAUAUCUGCCACCACAUUCACACCCACGCCAAGCCAGCCCCACCUCACAUCAGGUUCACUUGAUGCAACGCCCCCCUGGAGCUAUGGGUGGUGAGUUCUCUGAUGUUCCUCAAGGCCUCCUCACCCCUUCCAGGGCCAGUCUGAACCUCGACCUGUAUGAGCAUCACUGGCCAGGAGCCCAAGGUCCUGAGGGGACUCCUCCAGCCAGGCAGCCACAGGGGCCUUUUAGAGGGGAGGUGCGUGUCCCCAGUAGGACCAAUUCUUUCAACAACCACCAAAAGGUGACUGUAAGGCAGGCAUUGCCUCCUCCAGCUAGUGUUGCUGGCAAGCCGGAAACAUCAUUGGGUCCACCAAACACAAUAACUGCAGUGACCUCUCCACCAAUCCAGCCACCUGUUAAGAGUAUACGGGUCAUGAGGCCUGAGCCGAAGACAGCAGUGGGACCAUGCCAUCCGGGCUGGCUGAGUGCACAAGCCCAGGAAGCACCAGAGUCUCAUGGAUACAUGCCAGAUGAGGCUUUUACCCUGGAGCCCAAUCAAGAACACCGCUGCCCGCCUCCACCUUACCCCAAAACACUGCUCCUGCCUGGAUCAGGACCUGGAGCUGAGCCUGCAUCCCUGGAGACUGGAGCCAUGGGUGGACUUCAAGAUGUCAGUGCUACAAGUAGGACUGUCCAGAGUGCCUCAGUUGGAAAGCAGGAGGAACCUGUUUCCAAAGACAAAGUGAAGACAAGUAAAGGAGAAAAGGCUGUGAAGGAUAAGAAGCAGAUCCAAACCUCACCUGUGCCUGUGCGAAAGAAUGCCCGUGAUGAAGAGAAGAGAGAGUCACGCAUUAAGAGUUAUUCUCCCUUUGCCUUCAAGUUCUAUAUGGAGCAGCAUGUGGAGAAUGUGAUGAAGACCUACCAGCAGAAACUCAACCGCAGGAUGCAGCUGGAGCAAGAGAUGUCCAAGGCUGGCCUUUCAGAGGCAGAGCAGGAACAAAUGAGAAAGAUGCUUUACCAGAAGGAAUCCAAUUACAACCGACUACGACGUGCCAAGAUGGACAAAUCGAUGUUUGUCAAAAUCAAGACACUUGGCAUUGGGGCUUUUGGUGAGGUGUGUCUUACACGUAAAGUGGACACGGGGGCACUGUAUGCCAUGAAGACUCUAAGAAAGAAAGAUGUUCUGAACCGAAACCAAGUAGCCCAUGUGAAAGCAGAACGGGAUAUCUUGGCAGAGGCCGACAAUGAGUGGGUAGUCAGGUUGUACUACUCAUUUCAGGACAGAGACAGCCUGUACUUUGUCAUGGAUUACAUUCCUGGAGGAGAUAUGAUGAGCUUGCUGAUCCGUAUGGGGGUUUUUCCAGAGCCCUUGGCCAGGUUUUAUGUGGCAGAACUGACACUGGCCAUUGAAAGUGUGCAUAAGAUGGGCUUCAUCCACAGAGAUAUCAAGCCGGACAACAUCCUCAUUGACCUGGAUGGACACAUCAAACUAACUGAUUUUGGUCUGUGUACUGGGUUCCGUUGGACACACAACUCAAAGUAUUACCAAAAAGGGAACCAUAUCCGACAGGAUAGUAUGGAGCCAAGUGACUUUUGGGAUGAUGUGUCUAACUGCCGUUGUGGUGACCGGCUGAUGACUUUGGAACAGCGGGCAACUCGACAACACCAGCGCUGUCUAGCACAUUCUCUGGUUGGCACUCCUAACUACAUCGCCCCUGAGGUGCUUCUGCGCAAAGGAUACACACAGCUUUGUGACUGGUGGAGUGUGGGAGUAAUCUUGUUUGAGAUGCUGGUUGGCCAGCCACCCUUCCUUGCUCCAACCCCAACAGAGACACAACUAAAAGUGAUAAACUGGGAGAACACUUUGCAGGUGCCCCCACAAGUAAAGCUGAGCCCCGAGGCAGUUGACAUCAUUGGUCGGCUCUGCUGCUCAGCUGAAGAGCGUCUAGGAGGCAAUGGCGCAGGAGAGAUAAAGGCUCACCCAUUCUUUUCCGAGAUGGAUUUCUCCAGCAAUCUUCGCACACAACCUGCUCCAUAUCGACCGAAGAUUGCCCACCCCAUGGAUACAUCCAACUUUGAUCCUGUGGAAGAGGAGGGGGGUCCAGGGGCCUGGAGUGACAGUGGAGACAGCACCCGCACAUGGGACACCCUCUGUUCUCCACAUGGCAAACACCCUGAGCAUGCCUUCUACGAGUUUACUUUUCGCAGGUUUUUUGAUGAUAAUGGUUGUCCAUUCCGUUAUCCCAAGCCCCCAGAGGCAACACAAGACCUGUCCAGCAGUAGUGUGCCUGGUAGUCUGAAGGCUGAGUUGGAGGAGGAAGAUAUUCAUGAAGAGGAAGAGCAAGGGGAAGGGUGUGAGCCGGUUUAUGUGUGAGAAUGUUGGAUCGGGUGUUCAUGCUGCUCUGCCUUUACCCAUAGAGGACCUCGCCAGUUAACACGCUGCAUCUCCUACACUUCCUUUCAACCCUACUUUUUCUUCAGCGUGUUUUUGUACGUUAAGUGCAUGGAAGAACAUCAGAAAUGGAGUGCAGAAAGUUCCAUGUGAAAUGUUUAUUCCUCUCAAACCAUUAUGCAGUAUCCUUUGCCUGUUACAAAUGACUGAAGCUCUGACCAGGGACCAAGGAAAUACACAAGCUAUGCAGCUUAAUUCAUGGGGACAUUGAUGUGACUGAUAAAUUUGGCUACUCUCCUACGAGAGCACAAAAACAGAGAUGUGUAGCUGCUGCUUUGUGGUUUGUCAGUCAAACCACUCUACUCUUAUGGUUAGUGUGGUCUGUCUCAACUGUGCCCCAUUCCUUUAUUCCACUGGGGGAAAAUAUCCCAGUCUUACAUCAUAUGUUAACACUUCCUUCACCUCUCUCAGCCUGGUGAUGCUAACAUAGUCAUUCCGAACACCAGAGAGGUCAUGGUGAGGGAUCAGGAAAGAGCUGGGCUUGGGAUGGUGGCUUUGUGGUUAGGCUGCGAUUAGGAUAUGUGCCGAGAGCAGACAGAAAUAUCACAGUUCCCCUCCAUAGCGCAAUCCCACAAAAAUAUAAAUGCAAUAUGCAAAUGCUCUAUCAAAGCGGUGUGUUUUUACUCAUAAAACCAAACUGAUUUCAAAUUCAGAAAUAUUUUCUGAAGUAUGGAGGCCAGAUUUUCAGAUUUGGGAUCUUAUGAUCCCAGCCAUUUUCAUAUAAUUUGUCUAAAAUUAAAAUAAUUAAGUUUUAGAAGAUUUUAUGGCGCCACCAAGUGGUUCAAAGUGACACUGUAAACAAUCAUGCAUAUUCUUCUGAAGAUUUAAGUCCUAGAUUAUAGACUGACAGUAUUAGGUCACUUCUUCAUGCAAAGUCUGUCCAAAAGAUCAUGCAGUAUUUUGCAGUUAAAACACUAAUCACAGCCUUUUUGUAAAUAUUAUACAGUUAUCUUUUUUUAUGUUUCAUGCCUUAUCAGGUGAAAUGGUGCUCUCAGACGUGACACAAUAUAUGUACAACCAGCACUUCAAGGACGUGAGAUCUUAAAAAUCCCAUUAUUGUUAAACAUUUUAUAAAACAUCUUUUAAAUGUUUAAACAACCUAUGAUGUUAGAGUUGAAUCCUGAGGUCAUACAUAAUGCGUGGUAAUGACAUAAAAUAUGCCACAAAAAUUGCAAUAUGGAAAACAAAGAGUUAAUUUAAAUUAACCAUUGACUCUUAAAUUAGAAAAAUGAAAUCCUAAAUCCUGCUUUUUGUUUGCUUGCCAGUAAUAUGCACGGUAACAUUCAUUCAUUCAAAAUAAAUGCCGCACAAAAUGUUGCGGUAUUCACACAUUUUAAUUUUGCUUAAGUGUGUUAGUUUAGUUGCCAAAGUAUUGUUUUAUUUCAUUGAUAUUUAAAUUCAACAAACAUUUAUCUUGCCUGGCUUGAUUUAAUUUGCUUAAAAGCUUACUUAACCUGUUCCCAAUAGUUGCUUUACAUUCAUCUGCCGCUUUCAUGUGUAUCUAACACAUGCAUCACACAUUGUUUUUAGAAGUGUGUUUUCUCAGCAGCUAGCUAUCCAGAACAAAUUCAUAGCAUUAUGGUUUUUACAUAAAACUUCUGAGAACAAAACUAGUGCUGGGACUCCAGCUAUUUCCUUUUCAUGUUAUGCAGACAACUUUAUGUGCUUUUCAUUAUAUAACUCUGUCUGCUUUAUCCUCUUCCUGUUUCCCAGAACAUCUUAAUUGCAUUUAGCUUCAUAAGAAGAUCUUAAAAGUCAGACGGGUGGUUUUUGUUGUGUUUGUUCAUGCUCAUCCAGAUCCACUGGAAAUGAUCUUGUCUGUCACCAUCAGUGAACUUUUUAACAGAUUUAAUAGAACAAGUGCGAAAAUGUUUUGUCAUCGAGGCUGCUGCACCAUUUCAACGUGAUUACACAGCACAGUAUUAUAACAAGACAGUCUCUGACUGAAAUGUAAAGAAUACUUUGAGGCAGACACCUUUAAGAAAAUGGCGAAGAAGUGGCAAAAGAAAAAAUGUAUCUGAUGGUAUGACUAUGUGCAAUACAGAAAAUACAUUAUAUAGUUUUCUAAAUACAACAAAUAGCCUUUAUAACUUUAAAACUGAAUUAUGCUAUCUAAAAGUAUAUAUUAUAUUGAUUUAUAUAUUUUCAGUAUAGUUUCAUGACCCAAUGCUGCUUAUUGUUAUUAAUAUUACACUAUAAAGUACAUUAUCAUCAUACUUUCAUUUAUACUUUCUCUCUCUUCGUGUAUAAAGUGUGGUUUUGAUUGUCAGUGUGAUUGAUCUGUUGUAAGACGAACUGCGUGCCUUCUAAUGAAUGUGUGGGUGUGUGUACCAUGUGCUGAUCAGUAUUUCAGGAGAAGAUGGAAAUGCCGUCACUUCUUGCUCUCGGGCAGGUCCUGACUGUAAGAGAGGCGGUGUUUUUGGUGGGAUAGCUUGAGGAAGACGCAUAAGAAAGCAAGAAUGAAUGAUUGUGUUCUUUGAAAGACAAAAAAGCAAGAAUGAAUGAUUGUCAUUGAGACACUGAAGGACAUGUAUAUGGAUGUCAUGGCAGGAUGGAUCUGGUCAAUGAUAAGGAUUGUUUUGAAUUUCUGUGAUAAGUCCAUUUAAUUAUCUUUCUGUCAUCUAAUUUGUAGUGAUGAUGGGUCACUGCAUGAAAAGUAUUCUCUCUCAAGCUGACUGACAAUCAUGAGGUUAUGUGCUUGCAGUCAGUAUUGUCAGACUACCCUGUAUGACCGCUGACUGGAAGAGCUUUAAAAUAACAGUUGAUGAUGAUCCAUUCAUAUUUUCUUUUCUUUAUUGUGUCAGUACGAUCAGUUAAGAGAAACCUUUAGAGAAAAUGUAAAUACCAACUCAAAUUGGUAUCAUGCCUUUGGUCCAAUCAAACAAGUUGAUUGAGCUCAAUGGAGUGUGACAGCAAGUGUUGUAGAUGUUUUGCUACCCCAUAUUCGUCAGAACGGACCACUCAGUGAAAAAGCAUGAGCUUUCUAGAAGUCUCUCACAGAGUCAGGUUUAGGGUUUGAAUGUAAUUAGUGUGUUGUGCUUAAGAUGGAUUCUGUGUUUUACUUUUGAAAAUGUUGACUGACAAUCUUUGACUGUAUUUAGAACUGUGUGAUGAUGGGACUUUUUCCUCUCAUGUAUGUUUUUGUAUUUUAAUGGAUGAAUGGGUUGGGCGUUUGUAAUCUUUUAACUGUAUUAUACAAUUCUGUUACUAUUGAACAUAUAUUUAUACAGAUAUACAUAUUUUUUGUAUUCUUUUAUUCUUUAUUUUUCUCUUUUCUGAGCUAACUUUUGAACCCCCAUGUCUACAGUAUUACAGACAGUAUGCAUUUGGAUUUAUAUCUCAUUUUUUUACAUGUAUGUAUGAAUUGAGAAUGUUUAAGAAAUGCUUUCGCUGUCCUCAUGUGUAAAUGUAUAUGUCUAAAUUAAAUUAAAUAAAUCA